ACCUGAAAGUGGCACAUGGCAGAGUGUGGCGAUGGAGACAGCAGCAAUGGGAGGCCGUACAGGGACCCAUGACACACUCUGGACCUGGCAGCAGCAUGAGGAGUCGCAUUGGCAGAUUACGGGCCUGGCAGCAGCAAUGGGAGGCCCGUUAAUCUGCCAGCACCCUAUGACACAAAAUGGAACCCACCAGCAGUGUGAGGAGACCUGAAAGUGGCACAUGGCAGAGUGUGGCGAUGGAGACAGCAGCAAUGGGGAGGCCGUACAGGGACCCAUGAGAGACUCUGGACCUGGCAGCAGCAUGA